CCGCAUCAAUCAACUCGAGUUCGAGCCUCGGCCAAUGUUCGACUCAACCACUGCUCGGGCCCAAACGGCUUCGCUCGUCCAAGCCCCUUCACCCGCUUCCCCACUUGGUAUCAAACCCUCCUUGUCCGAGUGCCUUAUCGCUGGGAUCGAGGCGACGUUGCUCCUCCAGGCCCUGUUUCGCAACUCACUGCAUUCCUGCUGCCGCCCCCGAUCGCGCGGUCUUUCAUAUGUCGUUGAAAACACUGCAAAAACGUCGAUGCUCCCUAUUUCUCUUGCCGCGUCAUAUAAGUGUGACGCAUAGGCUUCGCUGACGGCAUGGUCUUCUGCUUACAAAGUACAAUCGCUACGCGUUCUCGUGUCGACCUACAGGCUGCCCAUCUCCUUCUUCCCGAUUGUCUAGGAGUGCGCCGUCACUCACGUCACGAGCUCUGAUAUUCUUGGCAGAAGCACGGUGUGUAUGCUGCCAAUAAUUGGGUGAUACUAACGUACAGAAAAGGA